GUAUCACAUGAACCCCCAUCCAAGGCGUCAUGUCAUCGUUAGGGCCGAGAAAAAAUUAUCGUUAUUCUUUUGAUUGGAGUUGAUCUCUGUUGUUUAAGACGAUUCCCGGCGGCGCAGCGACAAGCAUAACCGUGUGUCUGUUAGUGACCAGUUAGCUGUAUAUAACCACGGCUUGCUUGUGGGUGCUUAGCGCGGUGCUUGCUGUGUGCGGGUAAUUUAGAGUGUGGACGUGCUACACUAGAGAGUAUAUAAGCGUGCUUCGCUACAUCCCCAGCUAACGAACGAGUAACGUAUUGGAAAUCACGUCGAUCAGGCACCGUGACACAAGAUGGCGAAAUGGGGCGAAGGAGACCCCCGAUGGAUUGUUGAAGAGCGACCCGACGCCACUAACGUCAACAAUUGGCACUGGACGGAAAAAAACGCGUGCCAGUGGUCGAAAGAUAAAUUGCACUCGUUAUUCUCCGAUCUUGAGAUUAACGAUUCGAUCAUGAGUGUCCAAAUCAAGGAGCUGAAAAAAUGUGAGGGUGAAGCCACGGCUAACAAUAGGAAGGCAAAACUGAUUUUCUUCUACGAAUGGGAACUCGAGCUGGAGUGGGAGGGCCGCUGUGCUGGAAGUGACCAGGUCGUCAAGGGACGUGUAGAGAUUCCAAACCUUUCCGAUGAAAAUGAUAUACAUGAAGUGAGCGUGAAUGUGACUCUUGUCGAUCCUGACCGGGGGGCGAUUCCAGAAAAAAUCAAGGGCAUGAUGAGGUCGAAAGGCACUGAAGUGAUUCGUUCCAAAUUAGAUGAAUAUGUGUCAUCGCUCAAAAUGGAUUUCAGCCAAGGUUUAAUCUUGCCUACAAAGGAUGGGAAAGCUUCCGGCGUUACCCCGUCUGGUGCGAACUCGACUGCCACCAAGGGAAAGACCGAACUAAAUAAGGGUAGUACGUAUAAACCGAAAGAGUCGGGAGAGCAGUGCUCUGGUAUCAAAAUCUCGACGAAAGAACUGAUAAUGAAAGAAGAUUUCAAAUGUAGGGCAGAAGAGCUCUACAGGGCAUUUACGGUUCCAGAAAUGGUCCAAGCUUUUACUAAAGGUGCCGCACAAGUGAUUCCUAAUGUCGGCGGUCACUUCCAGAUGCUCGACACGAAUGUCAGUGGGAAGUUCUUGAAACUCGUGCCACCAAACGAACUCGAAUUUGAGUGGCGCUUCAAAAGCUGGCCUGCAGAGCAUUACUCUUUUGUAAAGAUCACCAUCGAAGAAACGAGCGACUCUAGCCAGUUAAAAUUGGUUCAGAAGGGGGUUCCAGAAGACGAAGUCGAACGUACCCAGGCGGGCUGGCAGAGGUACUAUUUUGACGCAAUCAAACGAACGUUCAGCUUCGGUGCGACUCUUAGCUCCGGCGGCUUCUAAUUUAUUGCAAAGAAAAAGCAAACUGAAUAUUAUUGUUGCGUUCGGAUAAUAACAAUAAUAAAAACUAUACUAAUAAUAAUAAAAAUAAUAAAUGAACAAACAGAAAAGUGCUUGAAAAUGGAGACGAUACUGCAAAAAGAUGGAGUGGCGUUGUCUCUCGUGUGAUAAUAGUACCAAUACGAUAAUAACGAAGGGAUGUAUACUACUAUCCACACAAUGGAUGAUACGAGAUGCUAUGACUAGAAACGGGUAAACACUUGGCGACUGAUAUCCCCGGUUACCCGGUUACCGAAUCAAUGACAUUAGCAGCGGUAGUUGCUAAAUCACUGCCGCUAUUGCUACCCAGUAUAACGUUAUCAACCAACAGAAAAAUACCGCAACAAUAGAAAAAUGUCCAAUUCAGAUGGUAUAGUCGAUUGUAAAAAAGAAACAGAAACGAAAAAAAUAAGAAGGAUAUAAGACGCAGAUGCGUCAGACGGUGCCGCGACAAACCCGAACUCAUUCAGCCAUACGUCAGAUUGAUCAGCAGCUCAUCAUCAGAAAUGUUCAGUUUCGAAGCUGGAAACAGAGACUGUUGCCGAUACCGAGGUGGUAGAUUUCCUCCAGUGUUACUUCCUGUUGCUGACGCUUGACAAAUGAAAUGAGAAACAACUUUGGUGGAAACGAAAGUAGAAGCCCUAUAAAUAUACUCACAGCUGAUGACAUCUUGACAGACGAGAGGACAAAAACUAUAUGAUAGUUGAAAAAAAUCACAAGAUGAUAGAGAGAGAGUUGCGAUCCGUAAGAGACCGGCACACAUUUCAACUGCUUAUGAACGCUUUUUCUACUUCACUUUUUGGCUUCUCUCGAACUCGGGAAGCAGGCGGGCAAGAGCAUCUAUAAAACAGCCGAGCUUAUUGGUUUUUACUCUCGAUUGCGGUCGAAAGUAUAAUGUCUUCUAGACAUUACCAAUAUUGUGCACUUACGUUGGGAGAAAGAAAUAAAAAAAAAAA